GUCCUUCUUCCAGUCCUCCCCAUGUGGUUGGAAAAUGGCGCUCUCCCUCUCUCUCCACUAUAUAACACACUCAGCGGCUGAAGUUGAAAAACGUUCCAAGUUUUAGCUUUGCUAUAGAAAGUGAGAGAGAAGCCUCUCCUUGCAAUAUUAUCUUUGGAAGCCAGCCCUCUCACUAAGAACCAAAAAAAAUAAAAUUGGCCACCCACCCAUUAAAUUCGGAGUUAUUUUCCAUUAAUACACACAUUUCUUGGUUCAAUCAUUGAUCCUCAAUUUAAGGAAUUUGAUUUUAGUAUUGCCAAGACACCUUUCCUUGUAAAAUGGGGAUUUCUUUUUCCUGCCCAUUUUCCAAUUACAGUGACUUGGAAAAUGGCUUAGAAUCUAUCAUUGUCAAGUCCAUCAGUUUUGGGAAGGAUGAAGUGAAAACUCCAGUGCGAUCUGUCAGUUUCAAUAGUCGAGAUUCUGAACCCAUGAUAUUCAGAUCCUUAUGUUGUGGGAAGAUGAAAAUAGAAGCAUCUUCUAGCUUUAAGAGUGGAGAAUUGGAAGAAAUGGUCUCAGUCAAGGCUCCUUCAUUAGAGGAUAAUAUGCACAUUGAGUCAAAAAUACAACAAAACAAAGUGAUGGAUAAUCAAUCCCCAAGAUCAGAUGAUCAUGUGGCGAUGAUCCAAUCAUUGGCAAAUUUGGAUCCCCCCAAUGCCAAGCAUGUGGCUGCACUAAAGUUGCAGAAAGUGUACAAAAGCUUCCGAACCAGAAGGAAGCUGGCAGAUUGUGCAGUUCUAGUUGAGCAGAGCUGGUGGAAGCUCUUAGAUUUUGCUGAACUAAAAAGAAGUUCUAUAUCAUUCUUUGAUAUUGAGAAGCAUGAAACUGCCAUUUCGCGAUGGUCAAGAGCAAGAACAAGAGCAGCCAAGGUCGGAAAAGGUUUAUCAAAGAAUGAUAGAGCUCAGAAACUUGCUUUACAACACUGGCUUGAAGCUAUUGACCCACGGCAUCGAUAUGGACAUAAUUUACACUAUUAUUAUGAUAAUUGGCUUCAUUGUCGGAGUAAAGAACCCUUCUUCUACUGGCUGGAUAUAGGAGAAGGGAAGGAAGUAAAUCUUGUCGAAAAAUGCCCUCGAUCAAAACUCCAGCAGCAGUGUAUCAAAUAUUUGGGUCCGAUGGAAAGGAUGGCCUAUGAAGUUGUUGUGGAGGAUGGAAAGUUCUUCUACAAACAGUCAGAGAAGCUCCUUGACACCACUGAAGAAGACAAGGAUGCCAAGUGGAUUUUUGUCCUAAGCACAUCCAUGACCUUGUAUGUUGGCAAGAAGAAGAAAGGUAAUUUUCAGCAUUCUAGCUUCUUGGCUGGAGGAGCUACGUCUGCUGCAGGGAGAUUAGUUAUUGAGGAAGGCAUCCUAAAGGCAGUUUGGCCUCACAGUGGUCAUUAUCGCCCCACAGAAGAAAAUUUUAAGGACUUGAUCUCCUUUCUCAAAGGGAAUAACGUGAGUCUCACAGAUGUGAAGAUGAGUCCAGAUGAUGAGGAAGAUGAAUUGUUUAGCAAGCAAAGAAGCAGUAUUCAUCUUAGAAGUUCAUCUGAAGAGGACAUGACUCAAAAGCUGAGUGGCUUAGAGACCGAAGGGACCAAUUUAACUCAAGAGAAAACUUAUUUGAUAGAAGAUGAGACUACUGCUGCAUUGGAACUGCCGAUGUCAAGCCGGUUACGUAGUCAUGGUAAAAAAUUGGCUAACCUUGAAAUACCAAUAAGGAAUGAAUUGUAUAAGAGGUUAGACAGUCAAAAUCAAAAUUUGGGACCAAGUUGUAACAGUUUGCCAGCUGAAUCACCCAUGGAUGGUUACGAAACGGUAGAAGAAGUAUUUCCUUCUGAACAAGAUCAAAUGGUUCCGAAGCAGAAUGAGUUUAAUGAACAACAUGAAGAGAAUGAAGUGGAAAUCAUUCCUGAAGAAUCAAUUCUCAAAAGGAUUAAUUCACAUAAAGAAAUGAAGUCCUAUCAAUUAGGUAAGCAAUUAUCUUGCAAAUGGACAACAGGAGCUGGACCCCGAAUUGGCUGUGUAAGGGACUAUCCCUCAAAGCUCCAGUUCCAAGCUUUGGAGCAAGUGAACUUAUCUCCAAGAAGUGCCGCCUGUUCUAGAUCUUACUUGUCUCCUCGACUUGUUAGAGGGCUGAGCUCAAAGGUGAUGACACCAAGAAGUUCUGGCGGGGAAAUGACACCAACCAUAACAUCACCUAGACCCGAGGAAGGAAAUUUCUCCCAAAGAAUCAAUCGCCAAUCAAGAACACAAUCCUCCCCAUUGAUUAGAGGAACAUCAAUAAGUGCAAUUGGUAACAUGUUAUGAGUAAGAGCAGAUUUCCUGGUUGAUCUAUUCUUUUGUGUGAAUAGAAAAGAUGGUAUAGGAAUUCUUUCUCAUUCUUUCCAUUUAAAAUCAUGUACACAUUUUUUUCUUGUACAACAAUAGAAGAGGAUAUAACUGUAGAAUUUUGUGGGUUCGAUGCCCUUGGAAUACAUACGAAGAUAUUCAAUGUUC